AUAGCAGUCGCUGUUUUAAUAGGUCCUGUCUGGAAUAAAAACCAUUUGGAAGGCUGCCUUUUUUAUAAAAUUUUUUUCUUUUGCUAGAAGCAAAUAUGUUGCGACGCAUCAUUACACGUCCUGUUUAAAGCUCUCCCCUUUAAACGUCACGUCUGACGCGCUCACCCCUCCGGACCGCUGCACCGCUUCUUCUCGGCAUUUCGGGGACUCAGCGGUCAGCGCCAAGCAGCCGAAGUUCACCGCAAUCAGCAGGAGAAAACAGGCUAUUUUUCAAUUUUGGAAAAAAAAAAUACAUAUAUAUACACAUUGCGCCAGAAGACUACUUAUCUAACUGGAAGUAACGGGAAGCUUGGCUUUAUUCCUGUGCAUAAUAAUAAUAAUUAUUCAUUUUUGCUUGCGCUCUGCCUAGAAAAAUGAAAUGAAAAGUGUCGUUCUUUAAAACCAUCAAGAAACUGUGACAAACGCAGAAGCUUUUUCUACUUUCCUGCCCGUCACCGAUGGACCUGAAAUAAUCCCGUUCAAAGGCAGUAUCUCCGCCUUCACCCAGGUCACUCGCACCCGGGGCCAAGCUGGAUUUGAUUUGUCGGCCGAGGGUCUCCCAGCAAAUGGCCGCGCCCCCCGCCCGGCCGGCAAGGAAACACGACUGUCAAUAGGAUUCGGCUGAUGGAUGGCGACAAGUGAGGAUGAUGCCCCCCCCCUUGCGAGUGAGAUCGAUGGGCCCCCCCUGCCAUGCGCGCGCGCUCUGAGCGGCCUUGCCGGCUCGCGUCUGCCACGCUCCCCGCCCCCCCUCUGAGCGCCCCAUCCCGCCUGCGCGUUUAGAGAGCUCGAGUGCCUCGGAGCUGUAGAGGACCCGUCCGCUGUCGCCUGGAGCGCGGUGGGAGGAUGCCGGGGCGGCGCCCGCGGCCGGGUGGCCCCGCCUUCUCCCUGUGGGCGCUGGGUGUGGCCUUGCAGGCGGCCGCCGUGACGCUACAGCAGCAGAAGAUGGACGACGUCGACCCUGUGGUCACCACGACCUACGGCAAGCUCCGCGGCUUCAAAAAGGAGCUGGGAAACGACAUCCUGGGUCCCGUGGUGCAGUUUCUUGGUGUCCCCUAUGCGGCGCCCCCUACUGGUGGCCGCCGCUUCCAGCCCCCGGAGCCGCCCAUACCAUGGUCGGGCACCCGCAACACUACCCAGUUUGCCCCAGUGUGCCCUCAGACGGUCCUGGAGGGCAGGCUACCCGACGUCAUGCUGCCUGUGUGGUUCACCAACGGCCUGGAGGUGGUGUCAUCCUAUGUGCAGGACCAGAGCGAGGACUGCCUCUUCCUGAAUAUAUACGUCCCCACUGAGGAUGUAAAACGAAUAACCAAGGAAUGUGCCAGAAAACCGGGAAAGAAAAUAUGUAGGAAAGGAGGUCCCCUUUCAAAGAAACAGAAUGAUGAUUUAAGUGAUAAUGACGAUGCUGAGGAUGAAGACAUCCGGGAAAGCGGUAGCCCCAAACCAGUGAUGGUUUUUAUCCAUGGUGGGUCGUACAUGGAAGGAACUGGGAAUAUGUUUGAUGGAAGCAUCUUGGCAAGUUAUGGAAAUGUCAUUGUCAUCACUGUUAACUACCGGCUUGGAGUACUAGGGUUUUUGAGCACUGGCGACCAAGCUGCCAAGGGGAAUUAUGGGCUCCUGGAUCUCAUUCAAGCCCUUCGCUGGACCAGCGAGAACAUCGCCUUUUUUGGGGGCGACCCUCUGCGCAUCACCGUUUUCGGGUCGGGGGCCGGCGCCUCGUGCGUCAACCUGCUGACCCUGUCUCAUUACUCCGAGGGCAACCGCUGGAGCAAUUCGACCAAAGGACUUUUCCAGAGAGCUAUAGCACAGAGCGGCACGGCCCUGUCUAGCUGGGCGGUCAGCUUCCAGCCCGCUAAAUAUGCCCGCCUGCUGGCCAAGAAAGUAGGCUGCAACCUUCGGGGCACUGUGGAGCUCGUGGAAUGUCUGCAGAAGAAGCAUUACAAGGAGCUUGUGGACCAAGACAUCCAACCCGCCCGGUACCACAUCGCAUUCGGGCCCGUCAUCGACGGCGACGUCAUCCCCGAUGACCCCCAGAUCCUCAUGGAGCAGGGGGAAUUCCUGAACUAUGACAUCAUGCUGGGGGUGAACCAGGGCGAGGGCCUGAAAUUCGUGGAGCUCAUCGUGGACAGCGAAAAUGGAGUCCAGGCCAACGACUUCGACUACGCUGUCUCCAGCUUCGUGGACGAUUUGUACGGCUACCCGGACGGCAAGGACAUUCUUAGGGAGACCAUCAAGUUCAUGUAUACAGACUGGGCAGACCGACACAACCCGGAGACCCGGAGGAAGACGCUGUUGGCCUUGUUCACGGACCACCAGUGGGUCGCCCCCGCCAUCGCCACGGCCGACCUACAUUCCAGCUUCGGGUCCCCGACCUAUUUCUACGCCUUCUACCACCACUGCCAGACAGACCAGGUGCCCCCCUGGGCAGAUGCCGCCCAUGGCGACGAGAUCCCCUACGUCUUUGGCCUGCCCAUGAUUGGACCCACUGAUCUCUUCCCCUGCAACUUCUCCAAGAACGAUGUCAUGCUGAGCGCCGUCGUCAUGACGUACUGGACAAACUUCGCGAAAACUGGCGACCCCAAUCAGCCGGUCCCCCAGGACACCAAGUUCAUCCACACCAAACCCAACCGCUUUGAGGAGGUGGCCUGGACGCGCUACAACCAGAAGGACCAGCUGUACCUGCACAUCGGCCUGAAACCACGCGUCAAAGAGCACUACCGCGCCAACAAGGUCAACCUGUGGCUGGAACUGGUGCCCCACCUGCACAGCCUCAAUGACCUAACACAGGUCGUCUCCACUACCACCAAAGGCCCCGUGCCAGAGCCCACGCCCAGGACACCAAAGAAGGUCCCCACUGCCACCAGGAGGCCCAACCCUACCCCCUUCCCAACGGAGAACCAGGAUGAGCACAGCCAGCUGGAGCGCCCCCUACUGGUGGACAGACGGGAUUACUCCACGGAGCUGAGCGUCACCAUCGCUGUCGGCGCCUCGCUGCUGUUCCUCAACAUCCUGGCCUUCGCCGCCCUCUAUUACAAGAAGGACAAGCGGAGGCAGAACGUGCACCAGCGCUGUAGUCCUCAGCGCGGCACCACCAACGACCUGGCGCACGCCCAGGAGGAGGAGAUCAUGUCCAUGCAGAUGAAACACACGGACCUGGGCCACCAGUGUGACGGCAUCCACUCACACGAGAUGGUCCUCCGAAGUGCCUGUCCGCCAGAUUACACACUGACCAUGAGGAGGUCCCCAGACGACAUCCCCUUAAUGACCCCCAACACCAUCGCCAUGAUCCCCAACAGCAUUCCAGGGAUACCAUCCUUACACCCGUUCAGCACCUUCCCUAGUGGACAGAACACCUUGCCCCACCCCCAUUCACAUUCAACAACCAGGGUAUAGCCGGUGGGGAAUUACCUUUUCUGCAAAUCAUUGUCAUGAGAACCUGGGGAUAUGGUACUGCUGAAAGGGAAAAUAUCACUUUUUUUGUAAAAAAAAAAUAAUAAUAAAUACAUAAAGAAAAAAUACAUAAAAAUAAAGGAAAAAUGUUGGGAUUACAUAGAAAACAUUUCUUUUAUAUGUGAUGGGAAGCAUAAAAGAAGGUCAAUUUGCUGUUACUGGAGGAGCUCGAGCUGAAUGAUACGGCUGGUUUGGAGAAAACAGGGAUGGGAGAGGAUCAUGAAUCAGGCAUCCACAUCGAUACACACUGCGCCACAGACGUUUGUUUAUGGAGCCAAAAGAAGACGAUGCCCCAAAGGAUUCU